AUGUACGAGGGGGCAGAGAACUGCAUUUUGGUCAAGCAGGUCUUACGCUCAAGCAAGUAUUGCACUCAAGCAGGCAUUUCACCAAAGCAAGCAUUUCGUCCAAGCAAGAAUUUCACCCAAGCAGGCAUAUCAAACCAAGCAGAUAUUACGCUAAAGCAGAGUUUACUUCCAAAGCAGACAUUCACCCAAGCCAUUCAACAGCAGACAUUCACCCAAGACCACCCAAGCAGAGACAUUCCACCCAAGCAGACAUUCCACCCAUUCACAAUGCAUUCCAAGCAGACAUUCCACUUCCACCCAAACAUUCCACCCAAGCACAUUCCACCCAAGUACAUUCCACCCAAGCAGACAUUCCACCCAAGUAGACAUUCCACCCAAGCAGACAUUCCACCCAAGCAGACAUUCCACCCAAGUCAUUUCCACCCAAGCAGACAUUCCACCCAAGCAGACAUUCCACCCAAGCAGACAUUCCACCCAAGCAGACAUUCCACCCAAGCAGACAUUCCACCCAAGCAGACAUUCCAUCCAAGCAGACAUUCCACCCAAGCAGACAUUCCACCCAAUUCCCAGCAGAACAUUCCACCCAAGCAGACAUUCCACCCAAGCAGACAUUCCACCCAAGUAGACAUUCCACCCAAGCGCACAUUCCACCCAAGCAGACAUUCCACCCAAGCAUUCCAACACCCAAGCAGACAUUCCACCACCCACCCAAGCAGACAUUCCACCAACCCAAGCAGACAUUCCACCCAAGCAUUCCACCCAAAGCAGACAUUCCACCCAAGUAGACAUUCCACCGACAUUUCCACCCAAGCAGACCAUCCAUCCAGACAUUCCACCCAAGCAACAUUCCACCCAUUCUUCCACCCAAGCAGACAUUCCACAGAGCAGACAUUCUCCACCCAAGCAGACAUUCCACCCAAGCAGACAUUCCCACCCAAAGAGACAUUCCACCCAAGCAGAUUCCACCCAUCAAUUCCACCCCAAGCAACAUUCCACCCAAGGCACCAAGUAGACAUUCCACCAAAGCAGACAUUCCACCCAAGUAACAUUCCAGCCAAGCAGACAUCCACCCAAGCAGACAUUCCACCCAAUCAGACAUUCCACCCUUCCACCCAAGCAGACAUUCCACCAACAGACAUUCCCACCCAAGCAGACAUUUCCACCCAAAGCAGACAUUCCACCCAAGCAGUAGACAUUCCACCCAAGCAGACAUUCCACCAAGCAUUUCCAAAGCAGACACUGCAGGUUCACCCUACCAUCCAAGCAACAUUCCACCCAAGCAGACGCAGACACUUUCACCCAAGCAGCAUUCCGGGCAAGACAGCAGACAAUUCCUUCACCCUCCCCCUCAACCGAUUCUCCUCCAGCAAGCAACCUCACCCUCAAGAGACCUCCGAGCCCGCCGGAUCUCGAGGGCCAGCGGCCAACGACAGCCCGCUCCUCCGGCCGCCCGUCCGCUUGAACGAACAUUUAUGGGAAACGUCCGGCGCUUUAGGCCCGGGACCGAAAAUUCGUUAUCUCGGCGGCCGCCCAUGA